AUGAAUAUGGAAAAAAUCAAUGCUGAAUUUUGGGUAAAUACAUAUGUAGACGAUGAUAUCGAUCGCAUUGAGAUAAGAUCUGAAGAAGAAACUACCAGAGCUACAAUUAUAGGCGCUGGUCAAAAAACGUUAGCAUCAAUUAUAAUUAGAUUGGCAUUGGUAGAAACUUUUUGUAUAAAUUAUGGUGUUUUCGUUCUUGAUGAAUCUACCACAAAUCUUGAUGAAGGAAAUAUUGAAAAUUUGGUGGCUGGCUUACGAGGAAUACUUGAAUCUCGUCGAGGGCAGUCAAACUUUCAUUUGAUUGUCAUCACUCAUUAUGUCAACUUUUCAAGAAUGAUAGGGAAGCUCAAUAUUCUGAUAAGUUUAUCAAAGUUUCGAAGAGAAAGCAAUGGUUAUAGGAAAUCACCAGAAUCAGAUAAUGAGGAUGAUGAUGACGAAUAG